AUGUGGCUGAUCAAUACUACGACACUCAAACUAGAGUCGGUCGUCGAUUCCAAGCAGCACAAGUUCGCCAUCCUCUCUCACACGUGGGGAGACGGCGAGGUCACCUUUCAGGAUAUACAAGAUCUGGCCGUCGCGAGAGGAAAGCCCGGGGUUUCCAAGAUCGAGGCGACCUGCAAAAUUGCCCGCAACGCCAGACAGCUCAAGUACGCCUGGAUCGAUGCGUGCUGCAUCGACAAGACUAGCAGCGCAGAGCUAAGCGAGGCCAUCAAUUCCAUGUUCGCGUGGUACAGCGACGCAGAGGUGUGUCUCGUCUGGCUCUCUGACCUUGAGCCGAUGCCGUGCCGUGCUAGCUUGAAGGACCAGAUGGAGACGCUGGCCACGGCUCUCAGGAAGUGUAGAUGGUUCACACGAGGCUGGACGCUUCAGGAGCUGAUCGCACCACGACGAAUGGAGUUUUUCGAUAGGGAAUGGACUUUUGUUGGAGCCAAGGCCGAUCUCCACAGCGUCUUGUCCGCCACUACAGGCAUCGAAGCGUCGGUGUUGUCCGACUGCUCGAGGCUUAGAUAUGUGCCUGUGGCGAGACGCAUGUCGUGGGCCGCCAACCGCAAGACGACACGCAUCGAGGACGAAGCCUACUGCCUGCUGGGUAUCUUUGGCAUCAACAUGCCGCUAAUCUAUGGGGAGGGACAAAAAGCCUUUUUGCGUCUCCAGGAAGAGAUUGCCAGGGAGAGCAAUGACCUCAGUCUGUUCGUGUGGCAGCGCCAGCGUGGCAAUGCGGUGAAUACCAUGCCAAAGCUCAGCGGCAUCUUUGCGGAAUCUCCCGUCGACUUUUUGACAUGUGCCACUAUCAAACGGCAGGAUGAUCAGUUCCAUAACGAUCACGAGUUCGCCAUCACAAACAACGGGCUUCGCAUU